UGUGAAAGCAUGUCUAGGGUGGAGGGUUACGGGGAGUCUGACCUGCGCUCACAGCUACGAGCAUGCAGGACUGAGAUCGCUAUGGCAAUCCAUGACCCUUUCCCACUGCUGUAUGGGCUGGCAGAUCACGACAUCAUAUCUGACCAGAUCCUAAGGGAGACUUUAGAGAGAAAGAAAAAGGACGGGAUCCACAAAGCUGUCUACUCGCUGCUCACUUUGAUACUGGACCAGGAUGCCGCAGUCGUCCAGGGCUUCUGGAGCAAUCUCUGCAAAGAGUACAAUAAGGAGUGUUACCCAAAACUGGAAACCCUGUUUAUGAACCUUCCCAGAGGGUUAAAACAGGUGGCCAGGCAUGCAGGGAACCCCAGGCUUGAGCUGCAGGUCCGCAGCCAUUCAGGCAAGAAGAGGGGGGUGGCCGAAAAACAUCUCCAUACCAAGAAAGCCUUGACCUCCGGCUCAGGAAGCAAAGGCAAGCCGAUGAGAAAGACAGAUGGUGCAGCACUUCCUCAGGUCUCCGUGGGGAACGGGGUCCAGGCUGUAUCUACCUCGGUGCAGAGGGCCGUGACUGUGUCUGCCAGUGAGCAUCCCACUGGCUGCGGGACAGUGGAGGGGAUUCUGAUCCAGCAGGUCAUCGAGUCUGGAGGUGCCAAAAAAUGCAUCAAGGUUGGAGGAGAAUUCUAUUCUUCUGGCAAACUGGAGGAGACAGCUGGAGCGCACCGGGCACAGACUGCACAAAACUAUAGUCACCAGCAGGGAGAGCCAAGCACCAGAGUCGUGGAUGUCGAGCAUAAUGAUGAUGAAUGCACCGUAUGUAAAGAUGGUGGGGAGCUCAUCUGCUGUGAUGGAUGUCCCCGCGCCUUCCAUCUCACCUGCUUAGUGCCGCCCCUUACCUCCAUACCCAGUGGUACCUGGCGCUGUCAGCUAUGCCAAAGCAACAGAGUGAAUGACAGAACAUACACCCCUUUGCAGCCUACAGCUCACCCUCCAAUGACAGAGACAAGCUCUAGCUCUUCUGUGGACUUCUCUUUCUUCUCGUCUUUGUCCUCCACUUCCCUCUCCACAGUCACAGGAGGCAAAAGUGUUCAGCCAAUGGGCCUCCAGUCUUCAGAUGGUGAAAUGGUUGGGAUGAGGAUGGCUUGUGGAAUUUGUCACCUUACCCGAGGAGAGCUGAUCACCUGCCUACAGUGCCUGCAGAGUUAUCAUGCCCUCUGCAACUUUUCAAAUGGAAAGCCAAGAUGUAGAAAUUGCUCCAGGUCUUGGGGCCCUGAAAGUGAAACAUCAUCGAGGAGUCAACUGGUGAGUCAACACAUGACUGAUCAUGGGUUAACGCCAUCAGAGCAACUGCUCAACAGAGAUGAAAUGGACUCUAUAAUAGGGGAGAGCUCUAUAGAUGGGAUCCUGCAGUGGGCUUUCCACAACAUCUCACGUCCACUUUCUGAGUCUCAAGGCUAUUUCCAGUGAUUCAGUGAGUCCACUGGUUCAUCUCUGAUGUGCUCAAACAUCAAAUCUCAGUAUAAGUUUCCUCUUCAGUGUUAGCUGGACUAAUAGAGCAUGCAGAUUCAAUAAUGUGAAGAAAAUAAAUGUCUAUCCAUUUCACAGGUUAUUUUUAUUUUUUUAAUAGUCUGUAUAUCACUAAAGGUUGUCGCUACUACAUUUAUUGCUUUAUUUUAAACUAAUAUUUAGGAAAAAUUCAUUAUAUACAAUACAAAAUAAAUUGAGAUAGCUUCACCCAGAAGCCAAUGUUCAUCUAAAUGAUUCAUUGUUCCUCCCACAUUUAAUAUAAAGUGUAUUAAAUACAAUAAAAAUAUGUACAUCAGUAGUAUUAGAUGUAUGUUAUUAUAGACUGUUAAUUAUAUUAUUAUUAUUAUUAUUAUAUAGACAUAUAUAUAUUAUAUAUUAUAUAUAUAUAUAUGCUAACUAAAUUAGGCUGUUAGAAAGAUUUGAGGCCCCUAUAUACUUCAAAUUAAAGAAUAAACUGUUGUGAUACAUGAUUUUUAACAAAAUCAGCCCAAAACAAAAUUUGGAAAAGGUUACUCAGGUCACUCUUUGAACUACUACUGGUCCGUGGCAAAAUAAAAAUAGAACAUUGCUUGUGAGUGUGCUGUAACAUUCUAGACAAUGGAACGCUCUGUGUGAAGAUUCUAGAUCACAUGUCAUUUUUAAAACACAUUACAACUUUCAAACUUGUUACAUGGAGUUUUUGUUUAGUGAGAGUUUUUUGGAAAGAUGUUUGGUCAGCUGAAAAAUUGGCCUAUAGUUAUACAGCAUGUAACAUAAGUCCCUCACAGUCUUCGUUUCAUGUCAAAAAUGUAAUAUAGAGGACUAUAGGACUAUAGAGGUCCUUACUAUCUAACAAGGGGUCCAUUGGCCUUGGUUAAAGACACCUAAAUAAUAAAGAAACACAGAUUUUGAUUAAAUAUGCAACAUGGACUUAUUGUUUUGGAAUGUCAACAUGCAUUUGAUAACCUCCAGAUAUGAAACAAUAGUUCAAGAAUGGUU